UUCAUGCAUGAAGAGACUAUAACACAUCACAAAACUCAUAAGAACAAAAUCUGCAGAAUCAAAGAAUGGCUUAUGUGAGACUUGCUCCUUUGGCUCUCUACUUGCUUGCCACUUCAAUAAUGUUUCCGAUGAAGAAGAUAGAAGCAGUAGAUUGUUCAGGUGCUUGUUCACCGUUCGAGGUGCCGCCAUGCGGGUCACGUGAUUGUCGCUGUAUCCCUGUUGGACUAGUUGUUGGUUUCUGCAUUUACCCAACUGGACUUUCAUCUGUGGCGAAGAUGAUAGAAGAACAUCCCAACUUGUGUCAAUCUGAUGAUGAAUGCAUGAAGAAAGGAAGUGGAAAUUUCUGUGCUCGUUAUCCCAAUAACUACAUCGAUUAUGGUUGGUGUUUUGAUUCUGAUUCUCAAGCACUUAAAGGCUUCUUAGCCAUGCCUGCAGCAAUCACCAAGUAAUAUAUAUGUGUAUGCCUGUGAUGCAUCCACCACUACUUCUAUGAAUAAAGCUCAUGAUGCAUCUACUUCUAUGAAUAAAAAGAGUGUAACAUCCAACCAUAGUUGGUGUGUGUGGAAAGUAAGUUAAUAAACGAAAAGGUUAUCAUA